UCAAAAUGAUUCGCAGCAUCCGGGUUACAGGGUGUUAUUAGUUUUGAGCUGUUGUUAUUUGAAAAUAACAACCCUUGGAAUGUCACGACUGGCCAAUCAGAAUCAAGCAUUCAAAUGAGUCGUGUAAUAAAGGGUUUUAAUGCACAACUUCCAGCCAAUCAGAAUCGAGUAUUCAAAUAGACCAUAGUAUAAGUGUUUCUAAUGUUCAUGUAUUUGUGAUAGACAUUUAAAGGGGUCAUAUGGCGUGUUUUUCUGUGUCUUUGGUGUGUUAUAAGUUGUCCAUGCAUGUAUUAGACACGUAAAAUUGCUAAAAUUAAAGUGUGGGAGUCAUUCUAUGUAAAAGCGAAUGCGAACCCAGACCUGCCUGAAACGCCUCGUGUAACCACACCCCGACAAAUGUACGUCACUUUGUAACAUGAUUUGACUUAAGACCGCCCAAACCUAAACGCAAGUGAGGUGGGCGUACUUGUAAAUCUCAUUGUAUCGUCACCGACGCAGCCAUGUCGUGGAGACGCUGUGUGUUUCGUUGCCGAAAGAAAGACUCUUUGUUUGCCAUGCCAAAAGAUGAGACAACUAAAAACGAAUACAUUUUAUUUACAACACUGUUCCAGAAAAGUACAAUCCAAAUGUUCAAGUUUGUGCAGCGCAUUUCACAGAUGAUCGCUUCAUGAACCUGGGAGAGAUCAAGGCCGGCAGUGCACGAAAGCUUUGCUUAAAAAGUGGGGCCAUUCCAACCAUUACAACUUCGCUGGCGCUUCAGAUUCGCAGCCUGUAAGUAUAUUUUUAUUGUAAAAGACUUUGUUACGGACUAACGCGAGUUGAGUUUGUUGUGUGUUUGUGAUCUGCAAAUGCAGAUACGCGCAACGUGAAAAAAGACAACAUAAGUCCUAAUAACCAGUAAUAAUGUUCCCACUAGAGGCAACAAAUGUGGUGUUUAUAAUGUCUUUUUAUAUUUAGUAUUUAUUUUGGGUUUAUUGUCUUUGUUGAGUCGCGACGAGACGUGGUGUAACACUGGUUGAUCAAGAAGGGCCAAAGCGCUGGCGUUAUUUAUACCAUUCCCUGCUGUAAUGCGAGCUUGUUUCUAUCUCACACAAACUCUGUAUGAUGUAUAUGGUUGUUUGUUUAUAGUCUUUAUAACCUCGUAUAUAAAAGGUAAAACAGUUAGCUAUAGUUUUUAACUAUUUAACAUCAUUUUUUUAAAUAAAACCUUACCAAUCCUUUACAUCCUGCUCAAGUCGCGCUGGCAAGUUGAUGUAUCGGCUUGUUUGUCUUCAUUUUCCGGAUCAGAUUAGGGCUCGAAUUGAUAUAAGAAAGUACCGAUGACAUUUUAUCACCUGUCAGUACAAUUGCGUGGGAACAUGAUGUUCCGAAUAUGGUAAGAGGUGUUACAUUUCCGUGAAACACUUGCAGUAUUCCACCAAUCACUACGCACUGGUUAACUGGCCAAUCAUAGCACAUCUUGCUUUUCAGAGCCAUGAGCUUUAUAAAAAAUCAGCGCGUUUCAGAGAGGCGGAGCAAAGACGAGAUACAAACAUGCAGGGUGUGUGGAAAAACAACGUUUUUUAAACUUUAAAUGGUGUAUACACAUUACAUUACAUCUAAAACAAACAAUAAUAUUAGUUUUAGCCGUGUCAUAUGACCCCUUUAAAGUGAAAAUUCUGAGUCCCAGACUGAGUUCUGACUGUAAAACCUGAGGUCAUUUUUAUUUGCUAAUUAAUAAUCAAUCCAUCAAAAGAGAAAAAAAUGAGCACACAGCCACAUUUACAGUCAAAUAACAUUUCAAACAUAUGAAAUACAAAUGUAAACGAUUAUUUAUUUGUGUGCCUGUGCUGAUCUUUGUGUUUCAUAUGAUAAUCCAGGUGGAGGUGCGGAUGGCAGUUUUCGCGCGUGGCCUGCACAGUAACUCUGAGAUUUUCCACAAAUAAUCUAACAACGCUGGCAACGAGACAUUUUGGAAUUGAAUACAAUUUAAGAGAUAAAACUUCAGAUUUAAGAAAUAAAUAAACGUUUAACUCGCUCACUUACGCGCUCCAAAUCCGUUCCUGUCACUCCGUUCCGACUCGCGCACGCACAUAGAAAAGCGAAACGCGAUGGCUUCUGACAUGUCACGCGCGCCCGAGAAAAAAAACCCGUGACUCAAACACACAAACCGUUAAUCCAGAAGUGUGCGGGAUUGGGAGGGAGGAAAAACGGGAUUGGGUGGAUGGUGGAGUCGAGUCGAUGCUGUGACUCACUCACAUGAGAGAUGAAUUCACUUCACUUCAGCGGCGGACACGCGCUCACAUCUCUCUCCCUAACACUGACCCCACUGGAAUUAAAUAUUGUCUCGGAUAAAAAAGUUCGCCAAUAAGAAGAAUAUUUAGCAGUUUAACGAUGGCGUUUAUGGUGAAACACGUGGUGGGCGGUCAGUUGAAGAAUCUGACAGGAGGUCUGACAGAAGAGAAAUCAGACGGAGAGAAAUCAGAGGCGGCGGCUAAAGGAAUGACUGAAGAAGAGUUUGAACAAUAUCAACAACAACUAGAGGAGGAGAAGCAAGAGCGAGAUGCCAAUUUUGCCCAGAGGAAAGCUGAGAGAGCCACGCUCAGAACUCACUUCAGAGACAAAUACAGAUUACCAAAGAAUGAGACGGAUGACACUCAGAUUCAGGCUGCACAAGAUGACGUUGAGCUUCCCACUGAACUGGCCAAGAUGAUCGCUCAAGAUAACCAGGAGGAAGAACAAAAGCAGUCUGUCCUGGGACAUCUGACCAACAUUCAGAACGUGGACGUGGGUCACCUGAAGGGUAAAGCUCAGGCCACACUCGAGGACCUGAAGAACUCCGCUGAGAAGUGUUCACUCAUGUGAUCUUCUCAACUGCUGUAUGUCUCCAUCAUCAUCGCCCGCUCACUGCCGUGUGUCAGUCAUCCACAUAUUAGUAUUAAAUAGUAUUAAAUGUGAUCUGUAGGAGAGUGUUUGUUUCAUGAUGUUUUAGGAGUGAACACGUCUGGUGUGCCUGCUGUUUGAUCAAUGUGUUUAUUUAUCAUGAAGAAACUCUAUUAUGCCGAUGAGACAUUAUGAGUGGUGGUCUGUGUGUGUGUGGGGGGGGGGUAUUGUCAUGAAUCACAUGUCAAAUCACACGAGUCCUGAUGGUCUCAGAUAUGUUGUUUGAUUUCAUUCAUUCGUGUUCUGUGUGAUGAGCUCGACAGAGCUGUUCGAGUUUAUUCAAGCAAUAGUGUGAGUUGAUCUUUCUGAUGGAAAUAAUCCAUCGUCUCCACCUUUGACCCCUGCAGAAAUCCGUGUCCUUUGACCUUUCAUUGAGUGCGCUGUUUUGUGCAGAUGGUUCGGUGUCGUCUCUUGUGGACCGAGCGUCUCCGUCGCUGAGAGCACAAUCUGUGUGUGCACUUUUGUGUAGUUUGUGUGACUUGUGAUAGUCGUCUGGAUGAAGCCAUGCGGGGAUUAUGGUUUUGCUUCCAUCUAGUGAUAUUCGCAAAUAAAUAAAGCAAUAUAACUGAGCUGACCGCCAAUAAUAAUAAACGGGGAACAGAAGUCUGAACAGGGUCGAUGUUGAUCUCCCUUUAACUGUAUUUCACCUGAUAGAUUAUUAAUUUAUGUAUGUACGCCCUCAGUGAACUGAUGUUAUGUAUUUAUUCUGCUGUCAUUUAUAGACCUUGAUGACUGUUGAAAGUGUAAUAAAUAUAAUAUUUGUACUAAGA